CGGAAAAGCGUUCGUUUUAAGAAAAUAUAAUUUAGACUAGGAAGUAAGUAAAAAUUGCGCUCUCCACAAAUAGACUGAAGUUGUCAAUCUGAGGUAUCCUAAAAUUAAGUCAUUUUACAAUCCACAUGAACACAGGUUUUGGUGAUGGUCAUAUAAAUAAGGCCUUAAUAAGGAAGUUACUGAAUAACUCAUAUUCUGGCGUGACGUCAUAACGUCAGAUGAUCUGCGAGCGAGGCAGACAACCACAACAGAGUGAUUAUUCCUGUUUCGUCUUCUGUCUACACAGCGAGUCAGGUGACUACCUCUAAAAUCAAGGAAAUCGAUACAAACAUGAAUAAAGGCAUGUGAGCGCGAUCUGCCUCACUUAACUUUAGGUCGUACACAGAGAACUGAAAAUGGCAGGUACGACUAACUUGAUAAUGAAAACGUUGCUGCUAUUCCCCGUAGUUGCACUAUCUCCUGGCACUGCUGUGCGAUAUUCGGCAAAUUGGACAAGUAUCGAUUCCCGCCCGCUACCACCUUGGUACGACGAGGCGAAGAUCGGGAUUUUCAUCCACUGGGGAGUAUUUUCCGUCCCUGGGUUCGGCCAGUUCAGCGAGUGGUUCUGGUGGUGGUGGAAAGGUGCACAGAGAGAGGCAGAGGUUGACUUUAUGAACAAACACUACCCGCCGAACUUUGAGUACACCGAUUUUGCGAACAAUUUCAGAGCGCAGUUCUUCAACCCAGAUGACUGGGCAGACAUAUUUGAAUCUUCUGGAGCCAAAUAUGUGGUGUUCGUAUCCAAGCACCACGAGGGCUUCUGUAAUUGGCCGUCUGAAGUAUCCUGGAACUGGAACUCAGUGGACAUCGGGCCCCACAGGGAUCUGGUCGGAGAACUGGCCGAGGCUGUCCGCAAGAGGGAGGGACUACACUUUGGCCUGUACCAUUCUCUGUAUGAAUGGUUCAACCCACUUUACCUGAAGGACAAAGCAUCUGGGUUCAAGACCCAAGACUUUGUCUUCCAGAAGACCCUUCCUGAAUUGGUCCACCUGGUGAAUACCUACAAGCCGGAGUUGAUCUGGUCCGAUGGGGAUUGGGAAGCACCAGACACCUACUGGAACUCUACAGAAUUCCUGGCCUGGCUGUACAACGACAGUCCUGUCAAGGACUAUGUGGUGGUCAACGACAGAUGGGGGAAGGGCUGUUACUGUACCCAUGGUGGAUACUACAACUGUGCUGACAGGUUCACUCCAGGCACUCUGCCAGAUCACAAGUGGGAAAAAUGCCAGUCGGUUGACAACCGCUCCUGGGGUUACCGUAGAAACAUGAAGCUCAUCGAGCUGAUGGACCUGCCUACCAUCAUACAGGACAUGGUGUAUGUGGUGGCCCUGGGGGGUAACUACCUGCUGAACAUUAGCCCCAUGGAGGACGGCAUGAUCUCCCCUCUCUUUGAGGAACGUCUGAGGGGAAUGGGGGGCUGGCUGGCGGUCAACGGAGAGGCCAUCUAUGCCUCCAAACCCUGGAGAGUCCAGGGGGAGAACACCACCGUGCCGGUCUGGUACACCUCCAAGAACAACACAGUGUAUGCCAUCAUGCUGGAGUGGCCUAGCAAGCUGAUGCUAAAUCUGGAAGUGCCAAAAACCACCAAGGACACCAUUGUCACACUGCUGGACAACCCGUCUGUUCCUCUGAAGUGGCUACCCACAGAGCCUGCGGGCAUGGUGAUCCUCAUGCCUGAAGACACGCCAGUCUCCCACGGUCAGGCCUGGGUACUGAAGCUGGUGGAAGUGGCAUGAUCCUGGUGAAUCAAGCACAAACUGGUUUUAAGUUUGGAGAAAAAAAAAAAUGUUCAAUGUUAAAAUGUGUCUUUUUAUAACUCCUGAUUUGUGUGAUGCAGACAGAGCCUUGUUGCCUGAUUGUAAACAAUAUGAAGACAUUCUGUAUGGCUGCUAUCAACAAUGGCCUCUUUAUUAAAAUAAGGGAAACAAAUCUAAAUGUGGUUUUAAUAGUUGUUUCGCUUUUAUAUUAUAAUAAUGAAAAAGGGAUUUUCUUAAAUGUCAACCCAAAUAUAAUUCUUUCUUCUCAGGGUUUUGGUUGACAUUGCAACUGGGUGCAGACAAUUCAGCGUAUAGUUUAUUUAGGUUUCCCAUGAGCUGUCCGACAUGCAACUACUGCCAUCAAACACAUGACAGAUUACAGUUAUAGACAACACACUGCUGAUUAUACUGCAUUAAAAACAUAAUACUGUAUAACGGCAAGACGAGAAAACAAAAAAUGAUUUGCACAAUGUUCAUGUCUCUUUGAUUCACCAUGCUACCGAGACUGUCCAGUUGAUCUUUGUCUAAAACACAGAGCAUCUCUUCAUAACAGACUUACCUCCACUUAGAGGAUCCUGUUGUUUUAGGAUUUCGGCCUACUAACCCUGCUCAUGGCCUCACCAGGUAUGCACAAUUACAGCUGAGGUCUUAGAGAAUGUUUUAAACCAAAUACAAUGAUUUUAGUUUUAUUUAUUGUAUUUACAACCAGUUUAUUGAUUGUUGUCCAUUCUGGCACUAAUUCACUUCUCGUUUAGAGGAUGAGCUUGACAUUCUAAGAGAAUCGUAUGUAUUUUAUGAGAACAUAUCUGUGUAGGAUUCUUCUUGGUUGACAACAGACCCUCUUGAAACUUCAUUGUCAUAUAGAGCCUGUGAAAUAUCGUAAAUGUCUCUUUAUGCAGUGGCUCAAAUGUCACACCUGAAUAAUUUUCUAUUAUUUUCUAAAUUACCACUAUGUCCCUUGAAUUUAGUUUUUUUCUGUAUUUUAAAAUUGGGGAGAUUUUGCCACUGUUUAUUUUAAAUGUCAACUGAUAUCUCAACUCGAGACUGUCAUAUCAUUUCAAUAAACAUUUGGAUCAACA